GUGUGGGAUCUUGUGGCGGACGUGGAGAUGAAGAUUGCCAGUAUAUCAAAAACUCAAGGCUGACAAGGUGACAGAGCGAGGGCGACGUACACAAAGUGGGCAAUCCUUUUAUCGACCGAAGGCGACGUACACACAACUGUGUUUGCAUUCAGUAGAUGAAGUGGCACGGGAAGGUGUUGCGGAGCUGGAUAUACAGUUGAAAAGAAGCUGGCAGGAUCAGAUGCUGGAAUUUUGAAGUGCCUUAGGUGGAAAAGGAUUCCAGGGGUGGCUGGUCGUAGAGAGCUUCAUACAGAGGUGGAGGUGGAGGUCGAGGUGGAGGUGCUUUUGAGUUGAUUGCACAUGUUGUGUGGGAGUCGAGUCUCCUAGUUGUUGAUUGCAGAAGCAAGGCAGCGCUGGAGGGGAGAGGUGGUGUUGUAUCUUCAGGGAGAAGAUUGUGUGGACAUCAAUAAAAAAAGAAGCCGCCGCAUCACGCAGCAUAGGUAUGUCUUCCCUGUGGUCGCCACUGCAGGGCUCUGGUAGCAGCAGAAGCAUCCACCAUAGCCAUGUGGCAAAGGGUGUGUCAGCAGCAGGAGGGGCCUUUCCUCCUCCUGCUGCUGCGGCGGCGGCUUCUGCUGUUCCUCGGGGGGGGGAAAUGGCUGCACCGCGGUCUCUUCCUCGGGGGUCACCACUUUAUCAGCCGUCAAGAUUCUCAUCCAUGCAGCUAGGUGCAGCUGCAGCAGCAGUAGCUGUGGCUGCUAAGCUGAUGAUGAUGUAUGAGGAGACUCAGGAGCCAGAGAGAGUGAAGAAAAAAGCGCGAGAGCUCAUGGAGGAGAGCAAGAAGACACCGCCGAUGACGAGGGACCGAUGGAAGCAGAUGCAGGAGCUUCGACCUCGCACCCCGUUCGAGAGCAGAAUUGGCCGCGAGCGGGCGAAGAUCAGAAGUGGCAGCAAGGUCACCUUUGAUGAUGUGUAUAAUUGGGCCUUGGAUGUUUUCGCGGAUGCCCUACAGCGCAGGGAUACAUCCAUUAAACUGCACGAAGAUGUGUAUAAGAGAAAAGAACAGGCCAUGUUACCUAGCUCCGUUAAAAUGCCUGUGGCGUGGCAUUCUAACCGACCCAUGGACCAAUACAAGGGAGGUUGCUGUAUGGUUGAUCAAUCAAGGAGAAGCCAAGCUGGAGCGGCAAAACAAGGAAUACACAACAUUGUUCAAGAGUUGAAACAGAUACGCCUCCAAGAGGCUGAAACGAAGUUCUGGAUUGUGGCCUUGAGGGUGCCGCUGGACGCGUAUUACUACCUCAGAAGUGCUGUCACUAACAUGUUUGGAGCAGUACUGCAGAUGCAACCCCCGGAAUUCGACCCUUCGUGGCCAAAACUGAUGAGCGUAAAGCUGGAUCUUGACCCUGCAGCAAGAUACCUGGUGGAUGACGACUUAGUAAUCGAAUCUCCUAAAGGGGAACGUUGGAAGGUGGAGAUUGCAACACCGUACACUGACUGGUGUUGCCGGUCGAUUGAGGUGCUAGAAAUAGUGCAGUCGGAGAACCUGGACAUAGCAGUCCCUCUCGUUGAUCUGGAAAAGGCAUAUGAUAAGGUGGGUUUUGGGGAGGGUUUCUGCAGAUGGGUGGUAGUGAUGUACACUGCAGCAACAUCGGCCGUCAUGAUCAACGGGCAUCUAUCCGCCCCUUUCAAGCUAUCACGGUCCCUUCGGCAGGGAUGCCCCCUCGCCCCGCUGUUGUUUGUACUGCAAAUGGAGGUGCUACUGAAUCGGAUAAGGAGGCAUCCAGAGAUCAGAGGUUUACAAUCGGCCAGCGGUGCAGAAUUGAGGGUAAAAGCCCUUGCAGAUGAUCUUUUCGCAGUAUGUGAGAACACAGAAGGAGCGCUGAAGGCAAUGAAGGAAGCUAUGGCAGAGUACUCAACCCUGUCCGAAGCUACGGUAAACUGGAACAAGUCGACCUACCUGCUGCCAAAAGCCUACAGACUUAGAGGAGAAUGGGGAAUGAAGAGGGUGGAGGAAGGAGAGGAGGAGCGUUUCCUGGGCGUAUUGAUUAGCCUCCAAGUAGAUUCAACGGCUCAAGGGUUGUUGUUACAACACCGAAUUGCAGCUAAGCUUCAACUGUGGGGCACGGCGUGGCAUCUUUCAAUAAUAGGAAGAACACUGGUCUUUAAUGCAACUCUCUUCUCCACUCUUUGGUUCGUAUCAGCGGUAAGGGAACUGGCGGAAAGUGUCCUCAUAGUCAUUCGCAGAAUGGUGGCACGCUUUCUGUGGAAACCAAGGGCAAAUCAGAAUGAGGGAUUUCUGGUGAAGAUCGCAUGGAAAAUCCUCACUUUUCUGCGCGAGAAAGGAGGCCUGGGACUCAUGGACCCCACCAGAAGGAAUCAGGCUCAACUUCGGGCAUGGAUAUGCAGAGUGGCCAGCGCGAACUCGAAGGAGCACUGGGUGGAAUUAGCAGAGAGAAUCCUCAUGCAGGAAUGGGGUCUUAUCAGUCCGGAAGAUACAUGGACCUGUUUUUUCAUGGAAUCUUUCAGGAAAAAGAGGUUGAAGUCCAAAUUUUGGAACGCGAUCAGGAAGGCGUGGAACAAGUCUCCACCGGAUGCGCAGAACCCGCCACGAACGAAGGAAGAAGUACUCCUACAAAAUCUAUUCGAGAACCCGCUGAUCCAGGACCACAUAGGAAAUGCUUUCAAGGCAGACGGCUCAACCGGCUCGUUCGGGCUGGCAUGGAUGCGGAAGGGAAUAGUACGCAUAAAGGACCUAUGGUCUACACUUCUGGGAGGAUGGAGAUCGAAGGACGAAGUCAAGGCCACGUGGUUACUGAGUAGAGGGAUGGGGGUGGAGCUGAUCUGCAAUCGCUGCAACUGGCCUUUCGAAUCAACAAGGCACCUAUGGUGGGAGUGCCCUACGUCCAAACGAAUCUGGGGUUGGUGGAAACAGCAAUGGGAAGAGAUGGGAGGAGAAGGAGCGGAGUGGAAUGAGGAGUGGGUGAUUCUGGGCUUUCUCCCAGCAAACUUGGCAAGCGAGAAGGGCAAGGAAGGCUGGGGUUACAUAGCCCAUGUGGUAAGGGGAAUCAUCUGUGAAAUCAUCUCGGUGGACAGGAACAAGAUGAUAUUUGAGAAGAAAACACUCUCAGACACGGAAAUCAAGAGGAGGAUCAAGAUGGGAGUGAAACAAGCCAUUAACGUCGACUGGAGGAGGAAAGUGAAGUCAGGAGUGGGAAACGGAGCUCAGAGGACAUGGUUCAGAAGAACAAGGGCUAGGAGCGAUCAACUGGUCACAGUGAACUCUUCAGGGGAGCUCGUGUUCGCAGAGUGGAUUUUGAAUGGGAAAACAGUCCCAAAUAGCUAGGAGGGCAUUGGGUCUCAGGAGGACCAUCACCAGGGCACUUUGUGGGGCCACCUUCACUCAAUAGGGGUACCCCGUGCAGGAACCAGAUACACUCAAUUCUAUAGGGCCGCAGUGGGCCAGUAGGUGAGUGUGAGUAGGGUCGGACCAAACCGGGGUCCUAUGGGCCGGGAUAGUCCCAGAUGUAGUAAAAUUUAGAUAGCUUAGAUAGCCCAGUAAAAAUAUAGCAGUUACCGGUUACUGGUUCCAAAGGCUCCGGUCACAAUCAAUCAAGAAAGCAAGU